AUGUCAUCCACAGCGCAGAAUAGCCUUUCACCCACCGGCAAUGGUGUGACCAAGCGCAAGUCAGGCUCUGCAGCCUGCGUCCACUGCCAUCGGCGCAAAGUCCGGUGUGACGCACGUAUAGUUGGCCUGCCCUGCUCCAACUGCCGCUCCUCAGGGAAAACAGACUGCCGCAUCCAUGAGAAGAAGAAGCGUCUUGCGGUACGCUCCAUCCUGAAUCCUGUUCCCAUUCGUUGUCGGCCACCGUCCAUCUCCGAGCAUGUUCCCGAAGCGUCUCCUCCAUCUACCAUCAGCGAACCAACCGCUUUCACAACUGCUUUUCGCGGAGUUCAGCCAGAAGCAGCAGCCCCUCCGGCGAGCGUCGUUCCGAGUGUCCAGUCCAAGGCACAACAUGUCCACAGCAAUAGUUAUAGUCACACGUCUCCACAAGCACAGGAAUGCCGUCUUCCGCCCGCUUCGGACCGUUUCGCCGAACAGGAUGCCCAUGCCGACUUUGAGAAGCGACUGGUGAAGCUCAUUGAUGAUGAGGAAGGGUCAGGUACUCGGGAAAUUCAGCGGGGCGUGCGAGCAAUCUAUGUUGGACACGAGCUGUCGAACAUGUCCUUCUUGAUACGUCAACAGCGUGAUAAGGAUGACGACGUAUAUCACUUUGCUGGCAGCGAGAUACCGCGGCGACAGUUGAAAACCGGUCACGACCAGCUUCUCGUAGACGCUCUGACCCUACCAGAGCCGGCCCUCGUCGACGAGCUUGUCCAGGCAUACUUCACCCACGUGAACCCGGGAUAUCCCAUUGUUGAGGAGGAUCAGUUCAUGACUCAGUACCGCAAUAGAGACCCUUCUGAUCCACCACCUAUCUUGCUUCUGCAAGCCAUUCUGUUAGUUGGAUGCCAUGUCACGCAUCCAAAAGAAGAGCGCGAUACUCUGAAGGACAUUUUCUUCCGUCGCGCGAAAUGGCUCUUUGACAAUCGCAUUGAGCGCAACCGUGAUACCUUGGUGCAAGCUGCGCUGCUCUUGACGUGGCAUUCAGAAAGCCCCGAUGAUGAUGUUUCUGCCAAUGCCCACUACUGGGUCGGUGUUGCUGCUCGAAUCGCGACUGGCCUCGGCAUGCAUCGAAAUCCAGUCUCGAGCAGGUUCGUUCCCCGGGACCGCCGGAUGUGGAGAAGGCUAUGGUACAUACUGGUUCAGUUAGAUGUUAUGGUCUCCCUUUCGUAUGGUCGACCUCAAGCUAUAAACCUCGAAGACUCCGAUGUCUCUCCGUUGACAGCCUCUGAUUUUGAAGGCUGCGGGGCCCGUGUCCAGACGGACUAUGUCAUUCAUUUUUCAGAGCUUUGCACAAUGAUCUCUUAUAUUGUGCGCGAGCGAUUCGGACUACGAGUCAGUUCGGAGCGUCGCAAAGCCGCAUUGCAAGAAGCAGAUGAAGCUCUUGCGAACUGGUCUUUGCGGCUUCCAGACAAUCUGCGGCUGCGUGCCUCGGAUAUGGAUCCUUGGGCGUCCGCGUACUCCGACGACUACGGCCCACAUGAUGCAGAGAUUUGCAGUGCAGCCGCCGGUGUCAUCGCAUCUAUCUUCGAAGAACUCCGCUUAAACGAUCGUCUCAAGUAUCUAUGGUAUUCCGUCGUCCAUACCCUCUUCACGGCGAUGAUCCAAGUUCGAGUCGAGCUGCGGUUCUCAAACCCUGUCUUAGCCAUUAACGCUCUGCGCCGCUUCGAUUCCGCCUCCUACUCACUCCGCGAACUAGCCAAGUACUGGUCGCACGCCACCACUAUUCUACGCCUCUUCGAAGAUUCGAAACGUCUACAAGAGGAUCUUCGCCUGGCAACAAGCGAAAGAUCCAGACCCUUCAGCAGCACGCACGACCAACCCCAGACCCAGACCCAGAACCAAACCAAGAACCAGAAUCAACACACUUCAACAAACACAGCUGUGCAACCACCACAACCAGAUCGGCCCCUGCCCUCCUACGAUGCCCCCACCCCGGACUCCACGUCUCUACCACCAACCGCUAUCUCCCCGCACCAGAACCAAACCUUCGACAGCUGGAUCCCAUCCACGAACCUGGCAACUGUCGAUCCGAUAGAUCAGCCAAGGGAAUUCCUGGACUGGCGCCAGCUCUUCUCCUUCACGGAUCCGGACCAGUCUGUACUGCCGAUGAGCAUGGAUGGGCUCCUGGAGCUGGAAGAUGAAUGGCGCCAGAUCUACUGGCAGGAGACGCCGAUGUCAGAUCUUCUCCAGGAUGGAGGAUGGAUGCACGGCUAG